AUGACAGAAGAUUUUGAAGAAGAUCUAGCUGAACCAGAGCCCACUGUUUUUGAAAUGACAACAAAAGAGAUAGAUAUCACAAUCAUUGGUAUUAGAAGUAUUUUAACAUAUUACAUAUGUGGUUCAUGUGGGAAAAAAGCAGUGCAAGUUGGUUCUCUGAAGUGCGAAGCCUGCCAAAUGAAACAACGAAUAGUGGCCACUAGCAAGCAAUGGUGUGCACAGUUAUUCGUUCAAAAUAGCAAUACAUCUGAGCACUUAAAUAUUUUGGUUUUCCAUCAGCAUUUACGUAAAAUGUUCCAGUGCAAUGAUAAAGAGUUUGAGUGGAAUGAAAAUCGUGAUGAGGAUAAAAUAACAUGUGUGCUCUUGGAAGGUGGCAAAAUUAAUGUCAGACAAUAA